AUGCUGCCAACCACUUCGGUUAAUUCUCGGAGCAACGGUGCGCUGAGCCCCAGAGAUGCUGCGAGGCAUACGGCUGGGGCGAAACGCUACAAGUACCUGCGGCGGCUCUUCCACUUCCGACAGAUGGACUUCGAGUUUGCUCUUUGGCAGAUGCUUUACCUGUUUACUUCACCGCAGAGGGUUUAUAGGAACUUUCACUACAGAAAACAGACAAAGGACCAGUGGGCGAGAGAUGAUCCCGCUUUCUUGGUGCUUCUCAGCAUCUGGCUCUGUGUAUCUACUGUAGGAUUUGGAUUUGUGCUGGACAUGGGAUUUUUUGAAACAAUAAAGCUGCUACUUUGGGUUGUAUUCAUCGACUGCGUAGGCGUUGGCCUCCUGAUUGCAACUCUAAUGUGGUAA